UAUGAAGAUGCUUUUCCAAGCAGUCGCAUUUUUAAUCUUUUACUACUCCUCGUUUAAUAUCUACAACAAUUAUGUAAGAGUUUAUCGUUUACACGUACCUUAUACCGUAAAUACUCGAAAUUUUGAUCGAUCUUGAUCGCGCGUUCGUAAUCGCCAGCCAUGUGAGAAGUUUUUGCUACUUUUCGGGGUGUUAUAACGUGUAUUUAUUUAUUUAUUUAUUUUCAAUUUAUUUUUAAGAGUUUUAAAAUGUGGAAUUUGUUGUUGAUAUUAACGUUAAUAAUAACGUUGACGAAAUCCGAAGACAAGUGGGUUUGGUCGAAGGAACGCAAAGUACAGUCAGACGCUACCAGAAUAACUGUCGCUAAGCCCAUCCUCAACGAUGUAGAUGUCGACUCACCGAGACGAAAAAUUGACGAAGAACUUUCCAGGUUAUUGAGCACCAGCAACGACGAUUACCGCAAAGCUCGAUACGAAGUCCAAGAACAAUCGGAUUACGUAAAUGGAAGACCAUUGAAACCUCGUCCGUUCCUAGAAAAUCGUCCCAGACCCAUUCCAGCUUUACCAGAUCGGCCAUUAUCAGAUCGAGAUUUUCCUCGGCCAUCACCAGAUCGAGAUUUUCCUCGGCCAUCACCAGAUCGAGAUCCUCUAGACUUACCAGACAGACCAGACGAUUUUCUUUCGCUGUCAUCGGGACCAUCACCGAUCCGUCGUCAACCUCCGGGCGGCCAAUCAGUAGGCAUCCUUACGGGACCAAUUCCAUCUUGGGAGAAACCAGUAUUACACAAAAAUGGAGACCCUACUAACUUCGAGCACUGCAAAUGUUCCUUCUCAUUCAACUGUAAAUCGCCUGGAAUUCAAUUUGGAAGUUGCGAUCAAGGUAAACAAUACUGCUGUUAUAACGAAUUCGAGUCAACGAAAGGACCCUCUGGACCUAACUCAGGGUUCGGUACAAAUAUAGAUCGAGGCGAUGGAUUACCACCGGUAUUAGUAGGUCCUGGAGGACCAACUGGUAUCAAUAAUAAACCUAUUUUACCACCUCCUCCUCGACCACACAAUUAUCGUCCAUUAUUACCACCUCCCCCGUAUGAAGAUGUAGAAGGUUUGGAAACUUUGGAAUUCAACGACCGUAGACCGUAUCCUUUGAUACCGCAAAAGCCGGUACUGCCUCCUUACAUGGGAUUGCAUAAUGAUCACAGGUCUUCCAAAUAGUUCCAGAGAAUUUAUUUUUAAAUAUUACACUUUUCUGAGCAGUGAUUUAUGUAUUUUACUUUUAGUAUUUAUCAAACCGGUGAUACUACCUUUGUAAGCUUGUAAAUGCGAGUUAUUGUCUCUUUAAUCAGCUAACUAUCUAAAUGUUCUUUUUUAUAUUAUUUUUUUGUUUCUUUUUUUUGCUUUAAUAUACUUAUAUGCAUUUAAUUUAUUAUAAAUUUAUUACUUAGGUAGUGUUUUAAGUGUUUUUUGUAUACCUACUUAAUCGUUUGUGUGAUUAAAAAAAAUAAACGUUGCAACGUUGUAGAAUUCUCAAA